CUGUGUUAAUCCAGCUGUACACCUUGUUAUCUCAAAUGUUACACUGAAUACGUCAGGCGAGAGUUGGAUCGAAAAGUUGGUCUGAUGCCAGUCAGAGAGAAUAUGGUGCCAGAAAAGUUUGGGCGGGGCUCGUGCUGGAGGAGCACUGGGAACGUGUCCGAAACCUAUUUCCUUGGAGAUCUGUCUAAGAUGGCACAAUCGGGGAGGGAGUACCCGAAAAAACGGACGUAAAAUUUAAAAUCGAGCCGCGUGAGCGGAAUCGUUCGGAGAGAGAACACGGAGAACGAUCUUCAGGCCUUGGGUGAAAAACGGAGGCGGAACAGCCGCCUUCGAAACAUGAAAUCGCCCCUCAGUAAGAUGGCGGUUUUGAAAAAAAAAAGCCCCGCAAUAAGAUGGCGUCUGCGUUGUUGUCGUCGCCCCGCGCGCGGUGACAGAUCGUUACGUGUUGGUAGUCCCACGCGUGCGCGCCGCUUGGCGGGAAUCUCCCAACGGAAAACCGUCCCCGCGCUAAACCCGAGGAGCCGAAACAACGGCGGGGAUCGAAGAGAAGUCCAACAAAAUUCACGGCGCCGGUGGGUCUGCCAAGGCUCAGAAAGGGAGAGUGGGGGCGUAUUUCUUCUUCCCUGCUAGCCACUCAUCCACGCUAUGUUUUCUGAGCGGGCGGCCCUGAGGGAGCCGACUCUGUUGUCGGCCCCGCUUCCGGCCCAGCCGGGCCCGACUUUCCCCCGGGUCACGGCCGGCUCGUACGAGAACCGUUCCGGCAGCUUCAGGCUGGGAGAGCGCUCUUUCCAGUGCCAGUACGCGCACAUCUACGCCGUUCGGUUGCUGCAGAUGCGUCCGAUGGUGGAGGAGAGAGCCAGAAGGAAAUGGGGAGCCGAUCUGCCGGUGAAGAAGCUGUGUGAGCUGCAGGUGGGCGAGAAGUGUUGUGCGGUUGGCACCCUCUUCAAGCACAUGGAGUUGAAACCAUCUAUUCUGCGGGAAAUCAGUGAGGAGCACAACCUAUUACCUCACCCAGCACGUACAAAAUAUACAGAUGAAUCAGAUGAGCUUAUUCUAGAGGAUGAGCUGCAGCGAAUCAAAUUAGAAGGAGAGAUUGAUGUCCAGAAAUUUGUGACAGGAGCAGUUGUUGCAUUACUUGGUGCUGAGCAGGGUGAUGGAAAAUUCUUGGUCGAAGAUAUUUGUACCACUGACCUUCCACCACAGCGUCGAAUAGCAGGACCCAAUGCUGAUCGGUAUGUAUUGUUAGCCUCGGGUCUUGGCCUGGGUGGAAAGAAUGCAGAAAGUCUUCUUGGCAUGCAACUUCUGAUUGACAUGGUAACAGGUCAGUUAGGGGAUGAGGGUGAGCAGAGCAGUGCUGCAAAAAUCUCUCGUGUGAUUUUAGCAGGCAAUCUUCUCAGUCGGAGCACCCAAGAUAAAGACUCCUUCAUCAAGGCCAAAUAUUUAACAAAGAAGACACAGGCAGCCAGUGUGGAAGCCAUUAAAAUGCUCGAUGAGAUCCUGGUUCAGCUAAGUGCCUCGGUUCCCGUAGAUUGUAUGCCUGGUGAAUUUGAUCCAACAAAUUACACUUUGCCACAGCAGCCACUUCACCGCUGUAUGUUUCCACAGGCUAUGACUUAUCCCACAAUGCAGCUUGUCACCAACCCCUAUCAAGCGGACAUUGAUGGAGUUAGGUUCUUGGGAACAGCUGGACAGAAUGUGAAGGACAUAUUCUGUUAUAGUAGUAUGGAGGAUCACCUUGAGAUCUUAGAGUGGACUUUACAGAUUGGCCACAUGAGUCCCACUUCACCUGACACUCUUGGAUGUUACCCAUUCUACACAAAUGAUCCAUUCAUUUUUGAGGAGUGUCCACAUGUUUACUUCUGUGGCAAUGCACCAUCAUUCAAAUCAAAAAUUGUCCAAGGUGUGGAAGGACAACGGGUGCUCUUGGUUGCUGUCCCAGAAUUUUCAACGACACAAAAAGCUUGUCUGGUGAACUUGCGAACUCUUGAGUGUCAACCGAUCAGCUUCUCUGCUUUCUGUGCUGGGGAUGAUGAUGAUGUUGAGAUGGAUAUCAGUCACUGAGGGCAAAGACAUUUUUGUUUAAAAGGAUUUGAUGUGACUUUUUUCCCCCUAUGAGACUGUAGCAAGCAAGAUGCAGAUUGCCCAUGCUGCACUGGAGAGGAAGCUGACUGUGGAGUGUUGUACGUUGUUUGUAACAUUCCUCUAACUGGUGUUCAGAGGGAGUAAUGUGGGAGAAUAAUGCUGUGUGAUAAUUUUCUUCCAUGUUUUGCAUUGUGCUCAGGCUACAGUGAAACAGUUCAAACGAUGGUCAUGUUUUCAGGCUUAGCUUUGAAAGUGAAUUCAGACCCUUAACCUUGUCUCAAUUGCUUGUUUUUCAAAUAAAAACAGUGUUGUAAUCAGGGGUGAGAUGUUUCCCAGCAUGUCUAAUUAACAACAACAUGCUGAAAGAUUUAACUUAAACAUUGAGGGAUAUGAUGCAUGAACCAUUUCUAAUUGGUAGCUGGCACUCAGUGCAUGGUUCUAAUUAGUCUUUGGGGUUUCUGAGUCUCUUAAUAUUGAACUGUUUUGAUGGGACUUAUUAGAAUAACCCCCUUGUUCACCAGCACCAUGUAAGGUUAAAACACUACUGACAGGAUGAGCUUGAAUAAGAUGCCUUGUCUUUUGUGUGCGUGCUGUGGACUGUGUUGUGUAUUUUUAAAAACAAUUUCUAUCAGAAAAAAUGUUGCAAUCAUCUGGAGUUGUGUACACUUGAAAUCAUGUACAACUGGAUGCACAAAAUAAAAUGAAUUUCCAUAGGACUUACAAUUUGAAUUUCCCCAUUAAAAUAUUAAUACAAAUUCAAAUUGCUUUUCUGUCAUCCUGCACAGUCGACUGUUUCGUGGACUCCACCUCUCUCAUCUCUUGAGGGGGGAGAAAAAACUUAUAACUCGCUUUAGGUUUUCUUUAUUUCAGUAACAUGCUGUUUGCGACAAUCUGAACUUGUGAACUUGUUUGAUUUGAAGUUUCUUGGAAGUUGACUGAGCACCUCAAAUGCGUUGGAUUAUCGUGGGGCACUUGUAGAGUGUCACUGUUCAGGCCUGGCUGCUAUCACACAGGAAGUAAAAUACCUAAUUUGUAUUCUUUCUUGAUUUCGUUUUGUAAACAAACUUGUCUCUUGACUUGGCAGAAAUGAAAAAAAAGAGUGGUACAUUUGGGUGGGAAGAAUUAACAAAAGCCGUAUUGCAAGAGCAGAAUUCGAAGGCUGCAGAUCGACAGUAAUUUAUUGUUGCACCUAUUAAUGAAAAUACAGUAAUAUGUGUGUAAGAUGCCAUAAGUUGUAGACAUUUUACUUAUAUA